AUGUCCACAGUGAAUAUAUCAAAUUACUAUGGCAACACCAGUGAAAGCAGUGAUCUGUCCUCUAAAGCUGUCAAAAGCCUUCCUACUGAAGUUCAGAGGAGAAGAAAUAAGAAGAGAAGAGAAGAAAAACAGCCACACAACACAAGGAAAGAUGCUGUUUUUCAGGGGUCAUCCUCAAUAUCAGACUGUCAGUCUGUUCCAAACCACAACAAGCACAAGAGAAAUCUGCUGAUUUCUUGUGGAGAGUCUAAUGGGAGAAUAAAAAAUCCCUUCAGGACUUCUAAAUUUGCUGUAGAUUCCCCUAAACAAUUAGUGAUGGAGAACAAAGACGGUGGUAGCCCGAUUGAGGGAACACUCACAAGCAUUUCCUGUACAGUUGAGACAAGAGGGAUGCAGAUACAUGAAAAUAAGGAAGACGAAGGGGAGGAAGAAGAUAUAUUAAGUACUGGAGUGAAGCAAGUGAAUGAAGUGGCAAACAGAUAUUCAACUGAGAAUCGAGAGAAGAGAGCAUGUCUGUUUGAAGAACAGGAUAAAGAAGUAGAGUUUGAGGGAACAUGCAGAGAGCAGAGCAGUACACAUGAAGAAGAAGCACAGGAGAAGGAACCUUUAAGAAGCAACACGUCUGUUAAGGAAUCCCUUCUUGAAGAGGUGGAGUUUGUGAGAGAAAGUGAGGCAGAGGAAGGAGGAAUAGGAGAAGAGGAGGAGGAAGGUGGAGAGCAGGGAUAUGAAGAUGAGAAAAUCAGAGCAUCAGGAAGAAGGAGCAAUGAGAAUGAUUAUGAAUCUGAUAAAGAAGGAAGUUGCAAUGAAGUUUUGGUAUCGGGUUCAGAAAGAAGCAUCCAGGACAGUCUCAGAGAGUUGUAUAAAGAUGACACUGAAGAUGACCUGGCUAAGAAGGAGGCAAACAUAGAGGAUAAUGAUAAUGAUGAUGAGGAUGAUGUGAUAGUAGAAAAAGCAUCCCCAUGGUCAUGUCAUCCUGUUUUUGAAGAUACUAAAUAUGAUGAUGACGAUUAUGAUGAUGAGGAGGAGGAUGUGAUAGUAGAAAAAGCAACCACAUGGUCAAAUCAUCCUGUUCUUGAAGAUACUAUAUAUGAUGAUGAUGGUGAUGAAGAUGAUGAUGAUGGUGAUGAUGACAUUGAAGGUCUUCUCGCACCACAGAACGACUCUCUGCAACACCAGUAG